AUGUACUUUAUUCUAGAGUUGCUCAAAAAUGAUUUCUUUGUUUGUUUCACUAUUAUCGCGACUGUCUUGUAUUUACUCCUAACCAAAAAUCAUGGUUACUGGGCUUCGCGAAAUGUUAAAUUCAUCCGCCCUCUUCCGCUCUUCGGAAAUUCUUUCUCUACGGCUUUUAGUAUUGCCCCGGCUUACAAAGUACAGCAAGAACAAUAUAAUUCAUUAAAAGGUCAACGGUAUGGAGGAGUUUGGGGCUUCUGGAAACCUAAAUUGCUGAUUCUUGACCCACAACUCAUUGAGCACAUCAUGAUAAAAGACUUCUCGUAUUUUACGGACCGUGAGGUGAAUUCCGACGUCGAAACGGAUCCUUUGUCAAGGCACUUGGUCAACCAAAACGGAAACGAUUGGAAGAUCCUCAGGACCAAGCUCACUCCUGUCUUCAGCUCUGGCAAACUUAAGACAAUGAUACAACAAAUAAUGGAAUGUUCAGAUGCUUGUGUUGAACUCAUUGCUCAAAAAGCAGCUGCUGGAAAGCCUUUGGAGGUAAGGGAGGAGAUGGCUGGCUUAACAAUGGAUGUCAUUGGAUCAUGUGCGUUCGGUUUGAACUUAAACUCCAUGAAUGACCCUAAUUCCAAAUUCAAAAAAAUAGGCAAAUUGGUAUUUGCUCCAUCGAGGGCGGGCAAGUUGCGCUUAGCAAUGAGAGCGCACUUCGGCUUCUUGCUCAAGUUGUUCCGUUGGAAGCGCAUGCCGAGUGAGUUCGGCGCAUUUGUCAUAAACACUGUGAUGGGUAUCGUAAAGUACCGGGAAGAAAACAAUUUUCACAGAAAUGACUUUAUUCAGUUGAUGAUGGAAUUAAGAAAGGAGGAAGAGAAGCAAUUGAAGAAUGGCAAUAUUUCGAAAAUUGUAAUGGAUGACAAUACAAUAACUUCAAACGCUUUUGUUUUCCUCCUGGCUGGAUACGAGACAACUGCAUCGACAUUAGGCUAUGUACUUUACGAACUUUCUACGAAUCCUGAAAUACAAGAAAAGGUUUAUAAAGAAGUAGAAGACGUCCUUAAAAAGCAUAAUGGUGAAAUAACGUGGGAAGCAUUGAAUGAAAUGAAGUAUGUUGAGAUGGUGAUAACAGAGACACUAAGAAAACACCCACCUGUCAUAGCUGUAGCACGACAGUCAGUAAGGCCUUACAAAAUUCCCAACAGUGAUUUGGAACUUCCCGAAGGGUCAGUUAUCGUCAUACCGAUAUAUUCAAUUCAUCAUGAUCCGAGAUACUACCCAGACCCAGAGAAGUUUGAACCAGAAAGAUUUUCAGAAGAAAACAAACACAAAUUAGUCAAAAGCACCUAUUUACCUUUCGGUGAUGGGCCUAGAAUAUGCAUAGGUUUGAGAUUUGCAAGAAUGGAAAUGAAAAUAGCCAUAGCAAAACUUAUUAUGAAAUACAAAUUCAGUUUGAAUUCAAAAACAAUAUCACCUCUCCAAUAUUCGGAAAAAACAAUUUUUUUGGUGCCCAUUGGUGGAAUAUGGGUUGACUUUAUUCCAAGGACACACAACAAGGAUGAAAAAUAA